CGAAGAGGGGAGGGUGUGCUAAUGUUUACAACCACUUGGCUGUCAAUAAUUGUAUCGUAAAAACUGGGAUUUUGUCGAUAUUUCAGCAGCAUAUGUAACGACACGUGUGUAAUGGUGCAAACUAAAUGACCUCGUCUCGCCUUCAGGGUUGUGCUGCCUGUGGGUUGCUCUCUAUCGUCCGCAUCUGGAAAGAAUAUUUCAGUGUGUACAUUUAGCUGGUAAACAGGUGUGUGUUGCAAAGUUAUUUCAAAGUUGCUGUCAGCCCUGCUGGGAUAUUAUCCUUUUCCGUUUGCUCUGAAUGUGCUGGUUCGCUGUCACUUUUAAUUAAAGGAUUAAUUGCUUCUUUAGACUAUAAAGUUAUAGAAAAUAGACCAUCACAAUUACUUAGGGGCCAAGGUGACACCUUCAAUUUCCCUAUUAUAAAUAUGAUAUAUAUAAAUAUGAUAUAAAACAAGAAAAAGCAUUAAAUCCUCACAUUUAAGAAGCUGUUUUUUUUUAAAUCUAUGCUUGUUAAAUUACUUGAACAAUUAUAAAAAUAGUUGCAGUUAAAUUUUCUGUCUGAAUCGAUCAUUUCAAAGUUAAUUUGAAAUUAUUACCACGCUGCCAUUUUUAAGUAGAUUAGGAGACACAGAGUUGCUAAUAUUUCUGUACUUUCUUGUUAGAAUCUAGAAUUCACUUUCAUAGAAAACUCAUUUUGUGAAUAUCUUGUAACUCCACCGUGUUCUUGUUCGUCCAUGCACGGCUCACCAGUGUCCUGAUGGAGUGGGUGUUCAUCAUGAACCGGAUGAGCUCUCAGGGCAGCUCUGCAGCCCAGCGAAGGCGGAUGGCCCUGGGGGUGGCGAUACUCCUGCUGGUGGAUGUCAUCUGGGUAGCCUCCUCUGAGCUGACCUCGUACAUUUUCAAGCGACAGGAGUACAACAAACCCUUCUUCAGCACAUUCACCAAGACCUCCAUGUUUGUACUGUACUUGCUGGGUUUCCUGCUGUGGCGGCCCUGGAGGCAGCAGUGCACUGGCACUCUGAAACGGCGGCACUCUGCGUUUAUUGCCUGGACUCAGUCAGUCCAUGUUGUAUCUCUCUUGUUCAGCAUGGGAGGAGUUGCCCUCGUGAGUUUCUCCAGCAUGGACAACCCUGAUGAGAAUGGCGUCACAGGUUCUUUGUGGUCGCUGGCGGGGGCCGUGCUGUACGCCGUCUACAUCGUAAUGAUCAAGAGACGAGUGGACCGGGAGGAUAAGCUCGACAUCCCCAUGUUCUUUGGGUUUGUGGGUCUGUUCAACCUGCUGCUGCUGUGGCCCGGCUUCCUCCUGCUCCACUACACGGGCUUCGAGGCCUUUGAGCUUCCCAGCCAGCUGGUGUGGACGUACAUCCUUAUCAACGGCCUCAUUGGAACCGUUCUCUCCGAGUUCCUCUGGCUGUGGGGCUGUUUCCUCACAUCGUCUCUGAUCGGGACUAUGGCACUGAGCCUCACUAUCCCUCUCUCUAUUAUGGCAGAUAUUUGCAUGCACAAGGUCCGGUUCUCGUGGCUGUUUUUUGCCGGGGCGGUCCCCGUCUUCCUCUCCUUCUUCAUCGCCGCGCUCUUAUGCCACUACAACAACUGGGAUCCUGUCCUGGUGGGGCUGAGGAGAGUGUACGUCUUCAUUUGCAGGAAACAUCGCAUUCAGAGAUUGCCAGAAGACAGUGAGCAGUGUGAAAGCCUUAUUCCUCUCCACCCGUUCUCUCCCAACGAAGCAAGCUUCUGUUCGUGAACCAGCAGUCAAAGUGGCGAAUGUGGAUCUCGCUGAGCAGACAAUCUGGAAAGCCUUCAGAGACAUUGAACUACCCCAGUGCCUUCAAUUAAAUCUAUUUAUUUUCUACAGUGUUGAGGCGACACAUCCAUUUCUACAAAGUUUUUUAUUUUCACAUUGCAGUCAUCACAGACUGAUAUUCAGUUUUUUUAUUAUUAUUUCUGUGUAAAAAAAAAAAAAAAGAAACAACCUCAUGGUUGUCAAGGUGCUGGACAUUAUCAGUGAUUACUAUAAUGUCAUGUGACCAAAUGAAACGGUACAUUUUGAACUUGAUCAUAACACUAAUGGAGGCAGAGUAGCUGUGUGUUUCUUUUAAAAGUCUGAAAUCAGUGUUCAGAGUUCACAAUUGAACGAACCAUCGUUCCGUUCUGGACAUCUUCAUGUUGGUCUGUAGGCCUUUUGAAGCCUUGCUGCUUGUUUGUGUGAGUGUGUGUGUGAGAGUGUGUGUGUGUGUGUGUGUGUGUGUGUGUGUGUGUGUGUG